AGCGGCACCGAGGCAGACUGAGGUAGAGCAGGGCUAGAGACGACACUCCAUCCCGCAACCAUGACAACGGAGGCAAGCGCAUGCCAAGCCCCCCGUACCCUCGCACCACCGAUAAGGAGGCUGUGAACCUCGAUGGACAGAGGGAACGACUGAGGCAACCUGGAAUGAAAACCUGGAAUGAUCCUUUUUUUUCUGCAUCGACUAGUUCUUUCACCUGGUGAGAUGUGUUGAAUUGCUGCUCAUCAGGGUGGGCUGAAUCCGGAUCAAAGCGAACAGCUGGAAACCACACGCCGGAGUCUUUUCCACUGUGACCCAUCAAUGGAGUCCCUGAGGUGGGCUUAAUACCGCUCAAUGGUUCUCCUACGGAGCAAACGACCAGGCGCAAUGCCAGCGGGCUUGAAGACAGAUUACUCUUGAAAUUCGUCUGUGAGAUUGAAGAGACAAAACAUGUAAGCCCGCUUUUUCUGGACUUGUGUCAUCUUAUGUCACCGAGUCCACAUAACCCCCAUGGCGCAGCUGUACUACAACAAGGCCAGUAACUCCCCGUACCGCGAUCGCAUCCCCCUGCAGAUCGUGAGGGCGGAGGUCGAGCUGUCUGCCAAGGAACGAGCCUACCUGACCGCGGUCGAGAAGGGCGACUAUGCUGGAGUUAAACAGGCCCUUGAGGAGGCCGAUAUCUAUUACAACAUCAACGUGAACUGCCUGGACCCAUUGGGCCGCAGCGGACUCCUCAUUGCUAUUGAGAAUGAGAACCUGGAGGUGAUGGAGCUGUUGUUGAGUCAUGGCGUGGUCAUGGGCGACGCUCUCCUCUACGCCAUCCGCAAGGAGGUGGUGGGAGCAGUGGAGUUACUGCUGUCCUACAAGAAGCCCAGUGGAGAGAAACAGGUUCCUUCUCUUAUGAUGGACACGCAGUUUUCGGAGUUUACACCCGAUAUCACACCAAUCAUGUUGGCUGCCCACACCAACAACUACGAGAUAAUCAAGCUCCUAGUUCAACGAAAAGUCACCAUACCACGGCCACACCAGAUCCGCUGUGAUUGCGUGGAAUGUGUAUCCAGCUCAGAAGUGGACAGCCUGCGGCACUCCCGUUCACGUCUGAACAUCUACAGAACUCUUGCUAGCCCCUCUCUCAUCGCCCUUUCCAGCGAGGAUCCCAUCCUCACGGCGUUCAGGCUGGGCUGGGAGCUGAAGGAGCUCAGUAAGGUGGAGAAUGAGUUCCGGCAGGAGUACGAAGAGCUAUCGCAGCAGUGCAAACUUUUCGCCAAAGACCUGCUGGAUCAGGCCCGUAGCUCCCGUGAGCUGGAGACCAUCCUCAAUCAUCGGGAUGACCACAGCGAGGAGCUGGACCCCCUUGAAUGUAGAGACCUGGCCAAGCUCAAGCUAGCCAUCAAGUACCACCAAAAAGAGUUUGUAGCUCAACCCAACUGCCAGCAGCUCCUGGCAACACUUUGGUACGAUGGUUUCCCGGGUUGGAGACGUCGUCACUGGGCAGUGAAGCUCGUCACGUGCUUCAUCAUCGGCCUGCUCUUCCCUGUCUUCUCCAUCAUAUACCUUCUGGCUCCAAAGAGCACUCUGGGAACCUUCAUCAAGAAACCUUUCAUCAAGUUCAUCUGCCACACUGCCUCCUACCUGACCUUCCUCUUGCUCCUCCUCCUCGCCUCACAGCAUAUUGUGCAAACAGACCUGCAUGUACAGGGACCUCCACCCACCAUUGUGGAGUGGUUGAUCUUACCCUGGGUUCUAGGCUUCAUCUGGGCAGAGAUUAAGGAGAUGUGGGAUGGAGGUUUCACAGAGUACAUCCAUGACUGGUGGAACCUGAUGGAUUUUGCGAUGAACUCCCUCUACCUUGCCACCAUAUCUCUUAAAAUGGUGGCCUACUUUAAGUACAAUAGCUCUCGUCCUCGUGUGGAGUGGGAGAUGUGGCACCCUACGCUCAUCGCCGAGGCUCUCUUCGCCAUCGCCAACAUCUUCAGCUCGCUGCGUCUCAUCUCUCUGUUCACCGCCAACUCUCACUUGGGCCCACUGCAGAUUUCUCUUGGGCGCAUGCUGCUGGACAUCCUCAAGUUCCUGUUCAUCUACUGUCUGGUUCUGCUGGCUUUCGCCAACGGCCUCAACCAGCUCUACUUCUACUACGAGACGAAGGCGUCCGAAGAGCCCAACCACUGCAAAGGGAUCCGUUGUGAGAAGCAGAACAAUGCCUUCUCCACGCUGUUUGAAACCCUUCAGUCACUUUUCUGGUCUGUGUUCGGGCUGUUGAAUCUGUAUGUUACCAAUGUGAAGGCUCGUCAUGAGUUCACCGAGUUUGUAGGGGCCACCAUGUUCGGCACAUACAACGUCAUCUCACUGGUGGUGCUACUGAACAUGCUCAUCGCUAUGAUGAACAACUCUUACCAGCUCAUCGCUGAUCACGCAGACAUUGAGUGGAAGUUUGCUCGUACCAAGCUGUGGAUGAGCUACUUUGAUGAGGGAGGGACGUUACCGCCACCCUUCAACAUCAUACCUAGUCCAAAGUCUGUGUGGUACCUGUGUGUGUGGCUGCACUGCCGUCUGUGUGGACACGGAGAAUCAAGGCAUGAGGACGAGUGUAAACACGGAAAACUCAAAGAGUUCACGGAAAGGCACGCUGAUAACCUCAUCCAGAACCAGCACUACCAGGAGGUGAUCAGAAACUUGGUAAAGCGAUACGUCGCAGCCAUGAUCCGCAGCGCCAAGACAGACGAAGGGCUGACAGAGGAAAACUUCAAGGAACUGAAGCAGGACAUCUCCAGUUUCCGCUACGAGGUUCUAGACCUGCUGGGUAACCGUAAACCCCCGCGCCGCACAUACUCUUCCAGUAGUGAUACCACUCAGCAGGACGAAACAGCUGAGGAUGAGGAGGGAGACGGGCUCGGAGGACACCGAAGUGGGGGUGAGGGAGAAUCCACCAGAUCCAAAGCGUCUGCGUCUUUUUCCCAAUGUUACAGGAGUAACCGAGAGUCCCAAUUCAGCGUGUCGGCCCUGUUUAGGUCCAUGUCGGGGCCGGCCAGAGAAAGACUGGAAAGCAACGGCUUGAGGAAGAACACAUCCCACCCCUCUGCAUUCGUUCGGACCUUUUCACGCCCCAAGAAAAACUCUUUGCAGCGUUUGGGAAUGCUGAUCUCGCGCAUGAAUGGACACGUCCCGGAUCCGCAUGCGGGGACCCCGGGAGUUGCAUACAGCGUCUCGGACAGCGUACCGCAAACGUCUUGGCACGACCCUCAGACGCUGGGACACUUUGAGACUGAACAUAACCCAACGCAGGCCACAUCUCGACGGGCGAACGGCAGAGAGAGUCUCCUCCUCCGGCCGCCGCCGCACUGUGCGUCCUCCAGCGCACAGCUCUUGGCCUCCGGUGAUGACCUCUGCCAUGGCUGGACGGGACCCUGUGACAUUUUAGGCUCCUCCAGCUGGGAACAAGAGGAGUCUGUUACGACACAGCUGUAGCGAAGUUAGCCUACUCUUACCUUUCACAGCUUAAAGGUGUAGUUCACUUUUAAAAAAACUUUU